AUGUUUGUGUUUAUUAUAUUCUAUGUUAUGUUUAAGAUGGUGGCGACCGAAGACACGACGGUACCGGGCCAGAUAGAGACUCCUGGGACCUUCGGUAAACUUCGACAGACAUUAUCAUCUUCACUACUCACAGCUCAAGACAAAGCUUGCAAUAUAUUCCUAGUGACGAAGCUGGGCCCGCGGCCAGUUGUCACGGAGCCUGAACCAACGCCGCCGCCUCCAGUGCAACCGCCGCCCCCACAACCCAAGCCCGAACGCGAGGCGGGUAAGGCUCCAUCUAGAGCAGGAGCGUGCCGGGUUUGUCUCAAAGCUUUAAAGCCCGGUGAGGUUUUCCAUAUAUGCAAUGGCUGCCAGCAUCGCGUCUGCGAAGACUGCUCUUCAUAUUCCAAGCCCGCAAGUGACGAAGAAGCGAAUUCAUGGCGAUGCUCCGUAUGUCGUCGUAAAGCUGCUCCCAGGGUCCCUCCGGCUGCACAAGAUAGUACUGACUCACUGCUCGAGGUCCCCGUACUUGAGGCAUUACAACGUCGACACUCUGAAGCAAGGCUCGGAAGUGGGGGUUCAAGUACCGGGCUCGCUCCGCCACGAUCACCCGAACUACGAAGACACUCCGAUGUGUCACCUGCUUCCUUAAAGGAGCUGGAAAAAUUAAAGGGCAGCGGCAGCGUAACGCCAGGCGCGGACUCCCGUCGGCCAAGUGCUGCAACGCCCGCACGACGCCGCUCUGUCCGUGCUCCAACGACGCCGCGCCAACGCUCUGUUGAUGAAGACCAGCAUCCUACCGCACACCCAACAGCACACACACCAGCACUCGCUGCUCCACCACCGAUGUCUAGACGGGCAUCAGCAGUAGACGUGGUAGCAGGAGCUGGUUCGAGACGUAGUUCGUACAGGGCAGAAGUGGAUGCUCCCGAUACACCGCAGAUUACAGGGUUGAGUGUUGACGAAGACCGACCCAUAAGACGAAGAGGCAGCCAACUGCCCGAUAUAGCUGCAUUACAACAAAGGACAGGAGCUCUAAGUGCUAUGGCAGCACUCGCCUCACGCGGCUCAGACGCGGCAGAGCCAAGUGCUAGUGCUGCUAUCGCUGCAGCACGUCAAAUGUCAGUUGAUGCUGAGGCGAUAAAGAUCGUCAUACACGAUGUUGAUGAUCGCUCGCCACGCCGUGUGUCAUUACGUCGCGAUCCCAAUGACAAAGGACAUCGAUCUCGAGGCUUCGGAAUGCGUGUUGUUGGAGGAAAACCAGAUGCGAGUGGACGACGAGAAGCGGUGAUAGUUUGGACAGUGCCCGGAGGACCUGCCGACUUAGCUGGCUUGCAACAGGGAGAUAAGGUAUUGGAAUGGGGCGGUGUCCCAUUGAUCGAACGUAGCUUUGAGGAGGUAUGCGCUGUGCUAGAACGUGGUGGCGACAGCGUUGAGCUGCUAGUGGAACCUGCUCCCCAACUCGACGAACCACCAGCACCACCCACAAUGGCUCAUCACCACCACGCUCUUUAUGAACCCGAUACCGACAAAUCGCCGUCGUCGCCCACCCGAAGGAAAUUGCCGAAAACCCCGGAACAAGAUCGCGCGGAACGAGUUAGGGAGCGUCCACCGGCGCGUGCUCAACUACAAGUAUGGUUUGAGAGCGAGAUCCGCAAACUCGUCGUGGUUCUGAUCGCAGCUGAUGAUCUACCGCCUCGAGAUCAUACCCUGGGCUACGGCGAUGAACCUGAAGCUUUCGCAAGAAUCCGUCUUCUUCCAUCACUUGAAUCUUGUCCACCCGUGGAGACGGACCCUGCUUCAGCAUCAUGCAGUCCUGUAUGGAACGCUACCCUUGGAUUCGGCGGCCUCACGGCAGAUCUACUUGCAGGUCGCGCUCUUGAACUUACACUGUGGGACGCCUGCCCUGGUAUUGAUCCAGUUCUGAUUGGAGAAUGCACCAUGGAGUUAGAAAAGGCAUUCGCUGAAGAGCGUGCGGUGUGGUGGACAUUGGAAGAGCGUGGUACUCGGUCAGCCAACGCCUCACCUCGUGGUUCACUGACAGGGGCUAGAGCUCUUCGCCGUGGAGAUUUUGCUUCACAAAGAUCUGUUUCAGAUGAUGUGGACUCGAUCGGAGAGUGCGCCUCGCUCCUACACCCAGAUCAUGCCUGGGUCGCUGGUUCGCGACGAGGUUCCUCUCAAUCUGAAACCUUGGAAGUUGAGGUUUACCAGCUCGGAAAGGACUUUUCCCGCUCUCUACCUGGUUCACGUCGCUCCUCUUUCCAACAACAAGACAAAGAUGGCGUGUCUGAGUCGCCGGUGUGUUUCUCGUCGUGA